UAGAUCACACUACUUCCUGUUUCUCCUCCAGUCCUCAGUCCUCCCGGCGGUCUCGGUGUGACUUCCUGGUUGUUCGUUGUUUCUUUCGGGACUAGUUCCCGGACUAGAGACUAGUUCCCGGACUAGAGACUAGUUCCGGGACUAGAGAGUGAGCAGGACCCUGCGGGGCGAUGAGGACUUGUCUGUGGAGGCUGUUGAAGCUGGUCUCCGUGUCGGCCCUGCUGCUCCUGUCUGCUCACCUCCUGGUCCGAGUCACACCGAGUAACCCUCCGCCACAACCUAGUCCCCUCUCCGCGGAGGACUACCGGCUCCUGGCCCCUGAGACAUACCGCUACACCCUCAACCAGCCGGCUCUAUGCAGGGACAGGACCCCCUUCCUGGUCUUCAUGGUCCCGGUGGCCCCCCGGGGGGCUGCAGCACGGGAGGCCGUGAGGCGGACGUGGGGCGCUCCGGGUCGGGACCUCCUCACUCUGUUCUUCGCGGGGCUCCCUGAGGGGGGGCAGGGGUCCAGCACGCAGGCCGAGCUCGAGGAGGAGAGCAGGAAACACGGUGACGUCAUCCAGGUGGACUUCCAGGACUCCUACCAGAACCUGACCAUCAAGACCGUGGUGAUGAUGCGGUGGCUCGCGACCCACUGCCCCAACGCCUCCUACGCCAUGAAGGUGGACUCGGACAUCUUUGUGAACGUGCGGUACCUGGUCCGGAGGCUGAGGAGGUCCCCCCGGCACGGCUUCAUCACAGGGUCCCUGAUCCGGGACGGCACGCCCAGGAGGGACCGCAGCAGCAAGUGGCACGUGUCCGAGGAGCUGUACCCGGAGGACAGCUUCCCCCCGUACCUGUCCGGGGCCGGGUACGUCUUCUCCUUGGACCUGGCCUCCAGGAUCUCCUGGGCCUCCAGGUUCGUCCGGAUGAUCCCGCUGGAGGACGUCUACGUGGGGCUGUGUCUGCGGGUCCUGGACGUCCAGCCCGUGUACUCCCGCAGCCUGCUGCCCCCCAGGAACCUGUUCGAGGUCCGACACCUGGACUACGACAGGUGCACCUUUGCCGGACUGGUCCUUGUGAACGGGUUUAAGCCUUCAGAGCUGCUGCACCUGUGGCAGGACUUCUCCACGCGACACCGCACCUGCUGACUCAGUCAGGAUGAUUGACAGCUGACAGGAAACACAGCCAUCAGGUUAUUCAGGUUAAGUCCCGCCCCCUUCUCUAACCUUUUUAUUGAGUAAAACUCCAUCAGAGAAGGUAACAGUUCUCUCUAACUGGACUGUUUUAAAUCCUUCACAUAUGCAAACUGUCUAACUGCAGUAACAUUUAAUAUUUUUGGUCAAAAUUGAGUUAUAACUAAAAAUGAACUCCUUGAUGUCUGUUUUAUGUUUUGACAAAGUUUAAGAUUUCAAUUUUGCUUUAUUUCAGAGAAAUAAUGACAUAAAAAACACAAAAUCAAACUCAAAACCAAGCAGUAAUUGCACUUACCACAGUCUGAUUUGGAUUUAUAUACUCAUUUAAACAUAAAAAUAAUAGAAAUUAUAAGUUUAUUUGACAGGGAAAUUACUAACUCCUUGAUGUCUGUUUUAUCUUGUGACAAAGUUUACGAUUUAAAUUUUGCUUUAUUUCAGAGACAUAAUGAUAUAAAAAUUGCAGUAACUACAAAAUCCAACUCAAAACCAAAGUAGACUGCAGUAAUUGCACUUAACAUGGUGUACUUGGAUGUAUUUACGCAUUUAAACAUAAAACAAAAGCAGUGUAGCCUUGUAUGUCUUCAUUGUGUUGAAUAGUGAAGACAAGAAUAGUAGAAAUUAUAAAUUUAUUUGAUAGGGAAAUUAUUAUCUAGAUAGUGAUGAAGUAAAAAAGUGAGAUAAAAUGAUAUUCAGAUCAGAGAAGCUAACAGUUCUCUUUAACUGGACUGUUUUAAAUCCUUCACAUAUGCAAACUGUUUCAUGGCUACACUGACCUACAAACUGUCUAACUGCAGUAACAUUUAACAUUUUUGGUUAAAAAAAAAAAAAAGAAGAAGUUAUAACUAAAAAUGAACUCCUUGAUGUCUGUUUUAUCUUGUGACAAAGUUUAAGAUUUCAAUUUUGCUUUAUUUCAGAGACAUAAUGAUAGAAAAACCACAAAAUCCAACUCUAAACCAAGCAGUAAUUGCACUUACCACAGUCUGAUUUGGAUUUAUAUACUCAUUUAAACAUAAAAAUAAUAGAAAGUACACGUUUAUUUGAUAGGGAAAUUAUUAUCUAGAUAGUGGUGAAGUAAAAAAGUGGGAUAAAGUUAUAUUAAGACUAAAAUAUAACAUUACAACAUUAAGUCUAAAAUACACAAAUCUUUGAAUAGAGUUGUUAAACACUUUUAAAUACAUUUAUAACAAAAUCAAUUUGGAAAUGUUUCUUCACUGAAAACUAAAUAUAAAAGCUAAAAGAAGAAAACAACAUUUUAGUUACUGCACUCUGUUUAUCAUUACUAUUAGAACUUUUUACAGUAGUGCGUUAACUACAUUUUUGGGGUCAAAGGUCAAAUAAAUCAUGAUUUUUGAGCAGAAAAAUUGCAUCAAUACAUGUAGAAAUAAGUGACAUAUCACUUA